ACUAGUCCCAUGCAUGGCGCCUCCUCCUCACCCUUCGAUCAACUGCCACGUGGUGUCCGCCGCAAGCAUUCGAGCUUUCAUCAUCAGGGAUGACAUCGAGGAGAUGGGGGGGUGUUUUCUCCAUGCCCUCCCGCCCCAUGACAUUCCAUCGACGGACUCAUCACCGGACCCACGCAUCACUGAGCUUCUCGACGCCUAUGGCGACGUAUUCGAAGCCCCGCACAGAGUAGUACCGAAUCGGCCAAUCCGCCACGAGAUAAUUCUCGAGGCCGGGGCCGUACCUCCGCGUGGUUGCUUCUACCCCAUGAGCGAGGAAGAGUUAAGCAUGCUACUGACACAACUCGACGACCUUCUCGAGAAAGGUUGGAUUCGGUCUAGCUCUUCGCCAUACGGUACCCCCGUUCUCUUCGUCCGGAAGAAGAACAAGGAUUUGAGGUUGUGCAUCGAUUAUCGCAACCUCAACACGCAAACCGUCAAGAACACCGACCCUCUUUCGCGCAUCGACGACCUCCUCAAACGGCUGGGCGGCGCCAAGUUUUUCUCCAAGGUUGACCUGAAAUCGGGAUAUCACCAACUCGAGAUCCGUCAAGAAGACCGCUACAAGACCGCGUUUAAGAUGCGAUAUGGGCAUUUCGAAUGGCUGGUUAUGUCGUUUGGCCUUACGAAUGCCCCUGCCACAUUCCAAGCGGCUAUGACAACGGAGUUUCGACACAUGCUGGAUAUAUUUAUACUCAUCUACCUCGACAACAUCUUGGUGUACAACCGGAUUUUGGACGAGCAUGUGGAGCACCUGCGCACCGUUUUGGAGCGGCUACGACAAGCCAAGUACAAAGCCAACCACGACAAAUGCGAAUUCGCGCGGCAAAAGUUGGGGUACUUGGGACAUUAUGUGACGCCGCAAGGCAUCCGUUCGCUUGCGGAUAAGAUCGAGGUCAUCCGCUGCCAUGUCAGCAACUGUGCCAUGGCAGCAGUGCCACGUCAGCAACAGUGCCACGUCAGCAGUACCACGUCAGCAACAGUCCCCGCCACCAUGACGGUCUCAGUUCUGGGCAUGCCAGGCCAACUGGCCAAUGAGUCCAUUGCCGAGUACCGACAGCRGUUCCARGCUCAGCUCGCACUGAUCGAGGCUGAGGAACAACGUCAGGCGGCAGCAGCUGAAAAGCAGCGACUUCAGGCCGAAGCCGACGCAGAUACCCAAGCACACCGCAAGGCGGCCCAGGAUCUGCUACGGCAGCACGAAGCUACCAGCAUCGAAAAGGUCAAGUUCUGGCAUUUUGAACCAUCCAAGCAGCACGAAGACACAACACCGGAAGAGCAGCACAAGGAGUUCCUUGCCAAACUCGUGACCCGGUUGGUUUACACUUGUAACGACCUGCAGUCCGAGCUGGCAAAUCUCCGACGGGCACUUGAUUCCCGUGUACACGACUUGGAGCAAGUUGCACCAAGACCAGAUGCUGGCGAGUCCAGCAGUGCACCCUCUACCCGCCAAUUGGAGGAACGAGUUGACCACGUAGUCGCAAUGCUCGAUGACAUCAGCACCUUCGCUGCACCAGCCACCAUCAGCAAGCAGCUGGACACCUUGAAGACCGAGGUUCAGCAACUGUACCAGCUGCCCAACAAGGAUGGCAAUACCAAUGUGCAUCACUACAAGAUGUCGACAUUCCGCAUCGAAAAGUUCGAUGAUUAUACGCAUCACGACCCGGUCCCCUGGUGGGAGGGCUUUACGACGGAACUUCGGAUUCUUUUUGUCCCCGAGCACUCGCACAUCGGCGCGCUGUUCCGCCACUCAAAGGGCGGAUGCCAGAUCUGGCUCAGCCACCUGGCAACCAUCCUUGACGUCCAAAUCGCCGAUCUACAUGAGAAGAUCUCUUGGGAAGAGUUGACAAGGCUAUGGAAGAAGCGGUUCAUCGUGGACGACGCCCAGGCGCUCGCCAUCAACCGCCUCUUCAGCAUGGCCCAAGGCAACACGUCGACAUGCGACUGGAUCACGGAAUGGCAAAAGAUCGCGGCAACGCCUGAUCUCAAGUUUCCAUUUUCGCAUCUGCGUUGGGAGUUCUACAACCGGUCAUGUGCCGCCUUGAGCCGUGCACUUGGUGAUAGGAAGCAAUACACGACCUUCGCCGAAAUCAUCGACAAGGCAAGGGAGAUCAUCAAGACCAAUAGGGCGGCUGCACACGAGAAGUCAGCGUGGUAGUCAACCUAUGUGGAGAAAGGAAAAUUUGGUCCACGUUCGCAGCAUGUCGAUGCAGUCCAGCCGAACAACAUUGUGGAAGACCCGACAUC